AUGGAAGACCCAAAAGGAUCAGAGCUAUCAAGACAUGGAAGAUUGACCAGAUUUUUGUUAAUUCUUUUAGGAUUAUGUGGAUUAACUUUGAUGAUUGUAACUAUUUCAGUAUUAACUUCAACAGACGAUAAUUGUGAUGAUUCCCCUUUGAGGGAGUGGCUUAUUGCAUUAGCUGUUAUUCUAGGAGUAGCUUCAAUACCAACUAUACUUACAGAAAUUUUUUGUGGACACAGCUUAGAAAAUAAGCUGUUUAGAAACUGCUAUCACACCAUACUAGCAAUUGAAACAAUCCUAUAUUUUUUAUGGAUGGCAGUAGGGACAUAUUUAAUCAUGGAUGAUGAUUCAUGCAAUGAUAAAUUUGAAGAUGGAUAUGAUUUGGCUUUCUUUUUAUUUGGAGUAUCAUAUAUUGGAGCUUCAGUUAUCGUUUUAGUUUUGGCAAUUGGAUUAUUGAGUAAGCCUGAAUUAUAUAAAGCUGGAUAUAAUCCUAUUCCUUAG